AGGCUUCGAAGUGUCGAGUUAGCAGUAAGUGUCCCUUUCUAAGAGUAAUGAAUUCUAGUAGCGUAUAAUUCGUGGAGUUUGCUGCACCGUUUUUGGAGAAAGCAAUCAGGAUUUUCGGUUUUGUUGUGGUAACUCGAUUCUGCUAUAGUUGUGUUUACUGCGGUUGCGGUACUACGACCAUGGCAGCUGCAUUUAUACAUUGCAUAGAGGUGGAACAGACCGCUUAAUAGGGUUCAUAAAAAAAAUUGAAUUUCCUUUAUUUCCUCGCUCACCGCGGUCACGGCCUGAAGAUUAAGCGAGAAGCGGAGAAGUUACCGAUUCCUGCCACCGCACAGAAGUUGUAAAUAGAAAACUACGAAUAGCAAGUCGAGUGUCAACGGAGAAUAAAUUGCACCAACAGCAAGAACCGUCUGCGGCUCCGAUCCCGGCACAGCGGCGUGGCCUACGUCAUUUUUGAUCCAAUUGAAGACCGGCUGCUGGUGCCCCGCAGCGGUGGCAGUGCUGAGUAAAAGGUCCGGAGGUGAAGAAGAAAAAUCGGGGAGACAUCAUAAAAGUAGGGAUGUACACCAGAACUUCUAGCAGUAGCACGCGGGCGGGACGAGGUGACCCCGAAGUAGAACGCCAGCACAAAAGCUACAGCAGCCGACACAUUCAGGAAAGCGCGUCUACUUUUCGUCGCGACGAGGCGGCGCAGAAGAGCCAAAGUGUUGUCCUCCUGGCGCCCUCAACUACAUCUAGGGCAACAUCAUCCACCUCCACCAAGCUGGUUUCCUCCGGAAGGGGAAGGCGGGAUGAUGUGGACACUGUCCAGGAGCCGUCCUCACAAGCUUCUGCUCCUCUGCUUGUUCUUCCGCCGGUCGUCCUAGAAAAUGAACCAGAAAAACAAAAUGGGAAUAAAGAGGAGGAGGAAACGACACUUCUUGAGCAGACACACCUGUUAAAAAGCAGCACAGGAGGGUUUUUCUCAGAAAGAACCCAAAGGGACGACGAGGACGAGGGGAGGAACACUGCAACUAGAAGUUGUAGUGGAAACAAGGAAGAAACUAGGAAGAAUGUUGACCCAGCAGGAGCAGAGCAAAAACGAGGAGCACGAGGAUCUUCGCGAGAACAAGGAGGAUCUACUUCUUGGCUCGACCGGUUUUGCUUUGGCGACAUGCAGAUAGCGGAGCACGAUCCGGACAAUCUGUGGUUCGACGAGCCGAGGCACUUUGUCCGCAAUUACCCGCUGAUCUUGGCCUUCUGCCGACUGGUAGGCACGCUGUCCUACGCCUGCGGGAUUUUCAUCGUGGGCAUCACCAGCGAGAACUUUCUGCCCAAGGCCUACGCCGCGUACUUGACCCGGGUCAACGUGCUGGUCAGCUUCGUCUACUACCUCCUCCUCUUUUGGCGUCAACAGAGACUCUACCGCAAAGCCUGCAGCGCCAGCACGCUCGCGUACUGAUAUGUGUGGAAAGCAUGUUUGUUUAUACAAAAGAAAUCUUCUGCGAACAGAAACUUAAUGUUAAUAAAGCCAUUGAAGAACUUUCGAAUGAAUUUGCAAACGUGCAGAAGAUUACUCUUCUCUAGUAAUUUGAAUUUCUUUUGCGUAAGCCACCACAUAAUGAAUUGAAAAACAUAGGUUUUGCGUUCGACAGGAGCAGCAGGCGGGUGCGGCAACAUUGCUGCACGAGAUAAAUUCGGAUGGUGAAAACGAAAUCAGCUACGACGCAGAACGAGGUGCCGCGAAAGGAACAGCUCCCUACGACGUAGUAGAUCUUCAAAGCAGCCAGAAAAGUGCACUUUUUCUUCCGGAAACCGGAAAUCACGACAUGCCGAUGAACAGCAAUAUUAUUCAGGAGCGCAGACGAAGUAAAGAAACUCCACGACCACAACAACGACUACGCAGCGGUAGCGUUGAGCCAACUACAGUAAAAACUUUUCGCGACGAUGAAGAAAAAGACCUCAUUCUUGGCGCCACCCACCACGAAGAUGAUCUGCAACACGACAAGAAAAACUCCUCCGUUAGAAAUACACUGUCAAGUUGUAGGCCCCGCGCCAGCCACCAGCUUGCGGAGCAGGCCUGCCAGGCGGCGCACGAGAUGGUGGAACAGGACGAGGUGGAGUUGCAGAUCCCGGCGAGACGGCAGGACUUUUUCAUGCAACUCCGCAUCCAGUCGCACGAAAAUUCGUCGCUGACCAAGGUGAUCCGGGUGCUGCAGGAGUGGAUCAUCAUCGUGUCGCUCUUGAUUUGCGUCGUGUACUGGGCCGCGUUACACCGCGCCUCGGAAUUCGACUACAUCAGCAGCAACUUUUAUGUGCGCAACAAGGUGAGCCAGGAGGGGUCGUUUGCCGCCCAGCGGAUCACGGUGGAAAACCUGCAGGAGAUCGAGCUGCUGACCGAAAUGCGGAACCUGGUGCAGCAGUACCACGGGAAGGCGAAGGCCGCCGCAGUGUCGGACUUGCUGCUCCUCCAACCCACGGCGUUCUAUCCGACGGCGGUUGAGUACGAGAGCCGGGCGUAUACGGAGUACAAUCCGCUGGACGCGAACUUCAUGAGGGAACGCGUAAGAGACACGCUAGCGGAGUUCAUGCGGAAGCAAAAUUUUGAUGACGGUCAAUCGAGUGGUGAUGUUAUUGAACAACCAGGACCCGAGCCUCCUUUAUUUUCACGAUCUCCUGCAGGUCCAUCUCCGUGGGCAACAAGCAACGUUGUGCUGGACUUUUCUGAUGUAGCACCACCGUCGGCCUCGGAGGCGUCCCCAUUAUCACAACAAGGUCCUCGAAGAUCUUCGCAGCACAGAGGGCAAAGAGGACCACCUGGUGGUUCGUCUGCGUCGAGAGGAGGUGGACAGGGCGGUAGUACCAACACCCGCCAGCAGCGCAGCUUCAACGCCGCGGCGUUGCGGCAGCGGCGCGAGAAGAUGCUGGGCGCCUUGCUGAAGCGAAUCGCCACCGUGCAUGCGCAUUUGCAGCUGGUAGUAGAUGAAAACUACAGCAACACAAAUCCGCCACUUCUGCCGGGCGAGGAGCCCAUCGAGGAUCUCACGCGGCAGGACAUCCGACAGAGGUUCAACGUGGCCAGGAAAAUCGUGCUGGAGUACAUAAAGUUGUACGACAAUAAUUCGUAUCAAAUGUAAAAACGUCUGGGUCUGGAAGAAUGCAACUUGUGAUGCUGCCUCUGCAUUCUAAAAAAAUCUGUAUUGCAUGACCAGCAAGAGGAGUUCACUUUGUGCUACAUGGAGACGGUAUUUCUCAUGCGGAACAGGCAUCAGGAAGCCCUCGAAAAAUCUGUGACGCUAGGUCGUGCAUUACAGACAUCGUGGGUCAUGCAAAACAUGCAUGACAAGUCUCAGAAUCUUCCAGACCCAGACAUUUUUGCAAUCAAUAAUUCGGACAAGGACCAGGCGCAGCAGAAAUACCCCCUUGCCAAGAAGUUGUUCGACAGUAGCAAAGCAAAGCGGCGGACCGCGUUCACCUUGACAGUACUCGAGCAUGGGUUCAUCGUUUUCGCAAGCCUCACCGAGCUGCUGCUGGUAAAAUAAUGAACAAGACUAUAGUUGUGUUACCGCUACUUGUUCCACUUUAGCUUUUUUCUUUUGCUCUUCAGUAUCUAAUAUCAUGUCUAUGAUCUUCUCGAUUGUCGUUCAUCUGUUUUUCUGACCCUUCAAGAAUGAAUCUCUAGAUCCCUGAUACAAACGCAGGUGCAGCAGCGUUUCCGGUGGGGGCGGUGUUUUCUGCUGAUUACGAUGCUGGUACUGUACGCAUUUGUGAACAUGAUCUGGACCUUCGUGCAGGGUUACGCGAUCUACCCGCACCUGCUCGACUGGCGACAGGCGCCCGCCGUUGCGGUCGCCGUGGUGGUCGCGCUCGCCGUGCUCUUCUCCGGAAUCUACUGGCUACUCAUUUGCACACACAACCCACCGGGAAGCAGAGGAAGCUGUUGCGGGGGACGGAAGAACAAAGAACCGAAUCAGGCUAGUGAGACGACCUCCGGACACGUUGAUUCUACCACACGACUCGAGGAAAAUAUCGAAUACGACGGGAGGGAGCAAGCCACAGCUGCAAGUUGUAAUAUGCGUGUAGAGCACAGAGGAUCGAAACACGAACAGGGAUGUUAUGACAAAAGAGGCGACUCUGCCUCUGCCUCUUUCAAGCGACAUCACAGUACGGACCCGUUCUCAGGACCACACUCCGUGACCGAAAUAGAUCAGGAAGACGAGCUUGACAGGACGAGCACAAAAAACUUUCCCCUUGCCCCCCCACGCUUCGAGACGGAUCGCGAGCCGCUUCUGGUCUAGAGGCGAAAUUAGUAGCUCGAUACAGCAGGUCGAGUUGCGACUUCCCCCCACAGAGGCAUAUACUGUACGAUUUCUGACGACGAAAUUUUGAAAUUAUGCACUGCUGCGUAUGCUUUUCCAUUUGGGCAAGGACAACUUAUUGAUUACUAUGGAUCUACGCAUUCGCUUUGAUUAAUACUGCAUCGCGGCCCUGACUUUACUUCCCGUCGGAAAGACAAAAAGUAAACUAAAUGGCAAGAUGCAUCUAGGCAGCUGCGAGUGAUUUGAGCAAUUGUCGAGAUUCAUGCGAUAUCUCCUGCAAAUGUGCCUAGGGGGACCCGAUGAAACGGUAUAGGCUAAAGCGAACAGGAAAAUGAAAGAGACCCGAGGUAGCCCCAACGGUGCCGGUAGUAAGUACAACGUAGUUGGGAAAUAAGUAAAUGCUCUACCAGUGCUGGGCCUCUACGUGAAGACGAAUGAAUUAACUUAUCAUGCAAAUUGAAUGUUGCCCUGUGUCCCCCAGCAUCGCGCCCUGCACAUGAAUGACGUGUUGUGUGUUGCCUUUGCAGCCGCCUUACUUCUUAAGACUUUACCCGAAAUGGAAAUUCAGCGACUUUGCUUCUACUGCGCGAAAUAGUGUAGUGUUAGUUCCAAGGCACCUCCACGACCAGAACGAGACUGAACAGCAGAGUUGAGCGCUCCAUCGUUGUAACUGGAAUGAGGCCGAU